AUGAUGUUCGAGGAGCCUGCCAAUCCCCAAAUCGACGCGGAGGCCUCUGCGAUCAUCCUCAACCAGGAGACAGUGUCUGCACCUUCCGCAUUCAUCACAUCACAGAAUGUGGAUGAAUGGAUCGAGCAGCUCAAGUGCUGUCGUCUCCUAUCCGAAGCGAAUGUACAAUUGCUCUGUGACAAGGUAACAUUGAAUGAGCCACUUCCCGGUCUAUCUAUUGAUCAACCCAUCGAUGCAGAUAAUUUUUUCGAGUGCGCGGGAGAUUCUCAUGGGGGAGGGUGCAGUGCAGAAUGUCACUGCCCCAAGCUCUUUGAGAUUGGCGGUCCAUUACCGUAUACUAACUACCUCUUCAUGGGCGACUACGUGGACAGGGGCUACCACUCCGUGGAGACGAUCUCUCUGCUGCUUGCUCUCAAGGUCAAGUACCCUGCUUGUACCCAAAGGGGACUUAUUGAUCACUUAUUCCUAGGCAUGAUAGAGGCUUCUCAUUUCAUAGAUCGUGUCCAAGAGGUUCCCGCCGACGGCGCCAUGGUUGACCUGCUCUGGUCAGACCCUGAUGACCGCAAUGGAUGGGGGCUUUCGCCUCGAGGUGCCGGAUACACUUUCGGGUCUGAUAUUUCGCAAGCAUUCAACACCAGAAACAACCUAAAGAUGAUUGCUCGUGCUCACCAGCUUGUGAUGCAAGGAUACAAUUGGAGCCAGGACCAGGCAGUGGUUACGUUAUUCUCGGCACCCAACUAUUGUUAUCGAUGCAGCAACCAGGCCGCUAUUAUGGAGAUCGACCAGCAGUUGCAAGCGACAUUCACGCAGUUCGACCCUUCCCCGCGGAGCAGCGACCAGGACACCUCCAAGAGUGCCCUAGACUACUUUUUGUAA